GCCGACAGAACUGUUGCGUGAUCUUUGGUGUCUAAUUCUUUCUAAGUCGCUACAGGGUUGCGAUAUUACUCUUCAGCACUGGAGAGAUUUGAAGUUUGCAAGUUCUGUGUUUUCGGGCAGCCGCCGCACCUCUCUGCGGGAGUACCACUAACGGCCAGGCGCUAUUCAUUAUGCAAUGUUCAUCCGCGCAGUGAACAGCAUCAGAGGAAGAGAGAUCCGCCUUGAAUUUUACCUCUAAUUGACACUGUACAUGAGCGAAUGUUUGCGCUGUUUGCAGGAACUCGCGUACCUGCCUGGCUGCUUGUUGUCUUGAACGGAAAUUGUGUCUUUGCACCGUGUCUUCCACUGCAGUCUUCACGGCUCCUCGGAUUGUCCGGCUCCGACUUGUACAGGCUCGCUUUAUUGAUUGUCUCUGAAGUCUUCCGGGUCUGCAUCCGUUUCCCACUGCUGCAGAAACGUUGGCACGUCGCUUCACCGAAGAACUGCGUGAGCUCUGUGUGUGCGGCACGACUGGCCGGCAAGAGCUGCGCAGGGUCUCCAAAAGAAUUCGUCAGGCCCGCGGUCCGUUUGCUCUAUUGGCUUCGCGUCUCUGUCUCGUUGUUUGAGCACCUUUGUCGUAAACUGUAGCGUCUCUUAGAACGCGCACUUCCCUUUCACACAUCACUGGGUCGUCCUUCCCCCGGUCCUUUGGUUUUUAGGCUGCUGUACCGUCAGUUACGCGACUGGUUCCGGAACUUGAAGCCACGAUGGCCGCAGGGUCCGCUAUGGUGGACAAGGGCGUUUCGCCGGUUGCUCGUCGGAAAGACAAACAUGUGACCGGCGCGGGGCCCUCCUCCCCGUUUAGCAACCUUUCCACGACCUCCGGGCAGGAUGAGGCCCAGAGCAAGGCUGGUUCGCCUGUCGCCCAAGAGAAGGCGACCGGCGUGGACAGCACCAACGUCCGGCAAGUUCUUCUGAUGGUUGUGAUUGUCACGGGGAUCUACUUUUUCUUCCUCAUGUUUGGGUACUAUCAGGAACAGAUCUACCACCAGGUGGACCCGACUACCGGAAAGCGCUUUUCGUUCUCCUUUUUCCUCGUCUUCGUCAUCUGCGCCUCCAACAGCUUCUUCAGUCUUGGCUUGCUGCUUCUGCAGACGCGAGGCAACGCACAAAAGGCCUUCCACGUUCUAGACACGUUCAUUUUCAGAGAGGUUCUCUUCAUUUCCCUCUCGUACUCGGGCGCAAUGCUCUGCACGAACUAUGCGCUCACGCAUGUCAACUAUCCAACGCAAGUCCUCGUGAAGUCUGCGAAAAUGGUUCCGAUCGUCCUGGGCGGCUUCUUCGUUUUCCGCAAGACGUACCCGUGGUAUGACUACCUGUCUGUGGCGGUUGUCACCGUUUCGUUGGUUCUUUUCAACUUCGCGAAGGCAGGAAGCAGCAGCAAACACACCGAGAGCACAGCCGUUGGCAUCUUGCUGCUUUGCGUGUCUCUGUUUUGCGACGGGCUCACUGGACCCCGCCAAGAUCGGCUGAUGGCAAGGUACACGAACCUCGGUCCCGUUCUGAUGAUGUUUUUGACGAAUCUUUUCUCGACAGUUUGGACGGCGAUCGCCUCUCUGCUGAUUGAAGGCGAACAGCCGUUCCUUUUCCUGAAGCAUGACCCAGACGCUUUAGGUAGUUUCGCGGCUUUUACUGUCAGCGGCUCUCUCGGCCAGCUGUUCAUUUAUCAGUCGCUCCGAGCGUUCGGGAGUCUGUACACCAGCUUGUUCACGACUCUGCGGAAGGCGACCAGCACAGUCCUCAGUGUGUACAUUUUCGGACACCACAUGACGCCUGUCCAGUGGAUCAGCAUGUUUUGCAUUUUCCUCACACUCUUAGUUCAGAGCUACUGCUCAAAGAAAUUCAAAAAGCAUGGCAAGGGCCACCGGCACCACGGCCACCAUGGCCACAAAGAGCCGGCCUCCCCCACUGCUCACGGCGGUGAGAAUGCCCUGAAGAAGCAGUGCUGAUAACAGACCUCCUGGGAGGAAAGACCAGAAAAAAACUAACAGACAGAAUGUGCAAAUACGUCCACGCAACUGUGAACCGAAACGAUUCUACUGACACUGUUGGAGAAUCGAGUCGCCGUCUGCGAGCCAGCUUCUUGUGUGCCCGGUCAUUAAAUGUGGGGGUACCUCUCGGACGCCUGUGUGAGGGCCGCGAAAGGUUCUAUCUGCCAAGGAAAAACACCACCUUGAUUCAAAGGCGAACGCCGUGUGCGGCGGAACAACGACAAGUCUUUUGUUGAAGAGGGCAGCUAGACAGGGGCGCAAGCAAAAGAGGAAGAGAGCGGAGGAAGACCUUAGAAAAAGCUUGUACAGUACCAGAGAACCGAGGGGGGGUUUCGAACGUGGAAUGGGAGGCGCAGAGAAGCGUACCGCUCCGUGUUGAAGUCUGAGGCGUUCGUUGCUUGCCGUGUUCUUUUCGUUAUUGCAAAAGUGACAGCUUCGUUUCGAGUUUUUACACCCGUGGGAGUCAUACGGGAUUCGUGGAAACAGUGUGAGUCACGAAGGCUUUUCACGCUUGACAGCGUCGCUUUGUUAGUCACCGAGAGAGGGCAUUUCUACGAGCAUUAUGGUCGGGAGGCUGGCGAAGUCAUCGUGCCUCCCUCGCGUCCGUACGUUCGCAAUGCGGUUGGCUCUUUGAACGUGUUUCGAAUUCUCGUUUGGUUUUCUGUCGCCCCGGCCUUUUCCCAUCGAACAGUGGCAUCGCCGCUUUCGACGAAUCAGUUAAUCGCUGGCAAUCGACGUUUCCGUUGACCCGACGCUCCACAAGACUACUGUCUUGGACACGCGGCUGUCCGUACCAUUGGGGAUUCGUGCAUUCACAAAAAAGAACUUGUAGCUACGUGCCGUGCUUACAUAUGCGUAGAGGUAUGCAUUUUUUCGACAUAAAUCUCACUGAGC